UGGCCCAGAGCCCUCUGAGCCAUGACUAGCAAAAUAACAUACCCAUCUAGAGAUAGUAGCCCUUGUGAUACUUAAAUGUGUUGGUUAAUUUUUUAUCUACUUUAAUAACUAAAUUAUUCCCCCACCCCUGCUUUCUCUGCCUUCUAUUUCUGCUCUGAAGCUGUGGGCACAGAAAUCUCCGCAGGCAAAUUACUCCAGACCACAUUGCAGGACAGUCCUAUAAGGAACAGUUCAAUUCACCACAUCUCGGUGCCUGAUCCUUUUGCGACAUGGCAGGUGUGAGUGGUUGUUUGAAAUAUUCUAUGUUUAUCUUCAACUUCGUGUUCUGGCUAUGUGGUAUCUUGAUCCUGGCCGUAGCAAUCUGGAUACGAGUAAGCAAAGAAGGUCAAGAGGUUCUCACCCAGGGGAGUUCUGGUGGGAAUCCCUAUGUUGCUGUAAAUAUCCUGAUUGCUGUGGGCGCUGUGAUCAUGGUUCUGGGCUUCCUGGGGUGCUGUGGCGCUGUGAAGGAAAGCCGCUGCAUGCUUCUGUUGUUUUUCAUAGGCUUGCUUCUGAUCCUGCUCCUGCAGGUGGCAGCAGGCAUACUCGGAGCGACUUUCAAACCUCAGUCUGGGAGCAUUGUGAAUGAGACUCUCUCUAAAAAUAUAGAGCUUUUGCACACAACAGAUGAUAACGGAAAAGCAUUCCAGAAAGCCCUGGCUGAAUUUCAAGAAGAGUUUAAAUGCUGUGGAUUAGCCAAUGGAGCUGCUGAUUGGGGAAAUAACUUUCAGGAAUAUUCCAAGUCAUGCGAAUGUCCAACUACGUCAGAUAUGUCAGAUUCUUAUUGCACAGUGUAUGAUCAUAAAAAGGUUUAUAAACAGCCAUGCAUUACUGUUAUAAAAGAUUUAUUUGCAAAGCAUAUUAUCAUAAUUAUUGGACUAGCAUUUGGACUGGCAGUUAUUGAGAUACUUGGCCUGGUAUUUUCUAUGGUCCUAUACUGCCAGAUCGGGAACAAAUGAAUCUGUGGAUGUGUCGAGCUGUCAUCAAUCAGUGAAAGCCCUUUAAAAUCUUGUUUUGGUUUUGUAACUUUAAAUAUAUGAGUGCUGCAUAUGUUAGGAGCAGCUAUCCUAUUACAAUGUCUCAUUUAACUAGACCACAGAUAUCUUUCAGAGGUAUUGAACAUAUUUAAGAUUUGAGUGACACAAAGAAAAUAAUAUGAAUGUGAUUUUUACUUGAAAUAAAGGUAACAUUGUUUACAUCGUACUUUUUCCUGACUAAUCUUUAUGUUCAGGUGGCACUGUGCUUAAAACGUUCCUCUGGAGCCACCCAGCGGAAUACUCUCCAUCUCUAAGCGACAGGGCCAUUGUUAGUUCGGGCAGUGAGUUACUUUUCAGAAGUAACACUCUCUUUUGUGUGGCGUAUCAAGCAUUGGCAAUGAGAUUGAAUUAAGUCUCGUUUUGGAAAGACUGAGAGUGGCCCAGCUAAAUGACUCACCAUUUCUUUUCUAUUUAAGCCAAUGUCUGCUAAUGGUGUCUCUCUUUUCUCCAUACCUGUUGUGGGGACAAGAAAAUGUGAGUGCUGCCUUCCAGCUAUUGAAUCGCUGGCUCUUCCUCUAAGCUUACUAUAUGCCUAAAAAUAUGUUUUAUCUUUCUAGCUCUCACAGACAUUUUUACUUUUUUGUUGAGGUAUAAAUAAACGUGCAGUAAAGUGAACAAGUCUGAAGGAUUCACCUCUGUGAGCACUAUCCAUAUCAAGAUACAGAACAUUUCCCGCACACCAGAACUCCCCUCUGUGUGUUAACCUCUCAGCAACCUGCCAGAGCCGACUGUAUACAUACACACCUCUUCCCGACUCACAUUGGGAGCUUGAGAUCCACCAUGGUGGGAAUACUUACACUAUAGACACUGACAAAUAAUAUGAAAUCAGGGCUUUUUUUUUUCUGAGAGUUGGUUGUUUAUUAAACAUUUAUUGUUAAUACACCAUUGUCCUUCUCAGUAAAUGCCUCCCCAAAGGUAACCAUUCUUCUGAUUUCUAUGACCAUAGAUUCAUUUUACCUAUUCUUGAAUUUUCUACAAGUGGAAUAGGGAAAUGUGCACAGCAGGUUCUUUUGCUUAACAAUUUGUUUUGAGAUUCAUCUAUAUUAUUGCAUGCAACUCUACCUUAUUGUCACUGCUAUGUAGUAUUCCACUGUAUUUGAAUAUAUCACAGUGUAUCUCCAUUCUCCUGUUGAUGUAUGUUGCAUAUGCUUCUAAUUUGCCAUGAAUAUGAAUAAAGCUGCUAUAAAUAUU